AUGCGUGACUUAUAUGAGUUGGAGGUGAGAGUGCGGGAAGCGAGUGGACGCCCGAUUAUUAUAUUAGGGGACUUUAAUGCGCGCGCACCCGCUUGGGAUCCCGGACAGCCUAAUAAAAGGGGGAAACUCGUUUUGGACUGGCUGGGCCUCUUGGAUCUGCAAAUCCUGAAUAGGAUCUCGGAGCCGACAUGCGUGCAUCCGCGCGGUGAGUCAUGCGACGACCUGACGCUGGCGUCGACUUCGGCGACUAGGAGGAUCACCUCUUGGCGCGUUGGAUCGGAGGUGGAGUCGCUCUCGGAACAUAAGUACAUUAUGAUUGAAGUGAGUGCUUCUCUGGCUGGGACCGCCACCGGGAGAACUGCUCUUAAGGCCUUUCCCAGGUGGGUUACCGGUAAGGUCGACCGGGACCUCAUGGAGGCAGCGGCGGAUCUCCUGGCCUGGAGCGGAAUUCCGAGUGACGCUGCUUUGGGAGCUAGGGCGAUGGACCGAAUACUCCACGACAUUUCGGCUGUUUCUAUGACUAGGAGGGGAUUGCGGAAGAGACCCACCACGUACUGGUGGAAUGAGGAAAUAGCAGAGUUACGCCGUAUCUGCAACUUGUGCAGACGACGUCUCACGCGUGCGUGUGCGAGAAGAGGGGCCUCUCGGGAGUCCCUGCGAGAGCCAUGGGAAGCCUUGCGAGAGGCUAGACGCCAACUUAGGAGGGCGAUUACUCGCUCCCAGGCUAGAUUGUGGACUGAGCUGGUGAGCGACCUUGAUAGGGACCCGUGGGGGAUGCCCUAUCGGGUCGUAAUCAAUAAAUUGCGUGCGGGCGGAGCAUCGAUCGUGGAGGGGCUUCCACCUGAGAGCGUGACGAAUAUUGUUGGGACCCUCUUUCCGACGAAUCGUCCACCAUUGGGUAGGGAGUUGCCAUUUGUCUGGCAGGAUGAUCUGGCGGUAACGGCCGAGGAGGUUAUGGAGACUGGACUCGGGGUCAAGCCCGGAAAGGCUCCUGGCCCGGACGGUGUCGCGGGGUUUGUAAUCAGGGACACUAUGAGGUGUCUUGCUCCGACAUGGGCUAGAUGCUUCACCGGUUGUCUCAGGGGGGGCACUUCCCGCGUGGUUGGAGGGGAGCCAGGCUGGUUCUCGUGA